GCCCGGAAGUGUCUGUCAGAACCGUAGUAAAGCAGCUAACUCGCAAUUAUAUCACAUUAGAUCCAACAUUUUUGCCUUUUACUACUUUUUCUAAUAACCAGCAAUCAUCGGAUCCGCUCGUCUUUUGUUUCGCUUCUGUAAACACACGGAUUUUGUUGUUUUUCUGCGCUGUUUGUGAAGCUGUCUGACAUUUAGCUUGUUAGCAUUUGAGCUAACUGCUGCAAACGAAACAGACAUUUUCUUUUCUUUUUUUUUUUUUUUAAUUCAACCCCACUUUCUAUUGUGCUUUGACUUCAUAUUUAGACUUAUACGUCUUGUUAGUUCGAGGGGGACAUGCACGUUUUACAAUCCAAGCCUUAAAAGCAUUGUUUAGCAUGCAUUUGUACAAGUUAUAACAGUAAAAUUGUACUUAGCCGAAUGUUGAGCUGCAGUUAUUCCAGCAGAUCCAGGUAGCAGAUUUUUAGUUUUGCAAUAAUGGGGCAUAAACGUGGAUUAAAAACGAGUAGGACUUUAUUUUAUGUGACAUUUCUGCUUCUACUCGUCGCCAAAGCAAUAACAGCUGACUUCAUAGACACCAAUCACGAUGGAGAGGAGGAACCCCAGCUCAAGUCUUACACCGAGGCAAAUUCAGAAGAGGAAGAUGUCCAUGUUCGCUCUGAAAUCAGUUCUGAAGCGGGCCCAGAGGCAGAGAAAGCCCCAGAAGAGGAGGGUCUGAGAGGGGAGGAGAAGGAGGAUCUGCCCCUACAGCCUCCACCUGUGCAAGACAAGCCCAAAGAAAUCCCAGUGGUGAAUGGUGGUACUGCACACGGGGAGCCCUGCCUGUUUCCCUUUUACUUCCAGGGAACCGAAUACUCUGACUGCACCACAGAUGGAAGAGGAGACAGGAGGCUCUGGUGCUCAACUACAUACAACUACGACCAGGACAAGAAGUGGGGAUUCUGCGAGACGGAGGAGCAGGCGCAGCAGCGGCUGGAGGCAGAAGAGGCAGAGGAGCAGUACCAGACUGUGGUUCGACUGCUCAAUGCCACCACACGCAAGGCCCACAAGAGAGAUCUCUAUGAGAAGCUGGUGUCUGUAGCAGAGAAGGGCCACCAGAAGGCUAUGGAGAAGGUUGCCUAUGCUCUGCUGUUUGGAGACUUCCUGAACCAGAAUGUGUCGAAGGCCAAAGACAUGUUUGAGAAACUCGCAGUGGAGGGCUCCCCCAAAGCACAGACGGCUCUGGGUUUCUUGUACGCAGCUGGACUCGGGGUGAACUCGAGUCAGGCCAAAGCUUUGGUUUAUUACACUUUUGGAGCUCUGGGGGGAAACCUGGUCGCUCAUAUGAUCCUGGGUUACAGAUACUGGGGAGGAGUGGGGGUCCCUCAGAGCUGUGAAUCGGCACUGACUCACUACAGACUUGUCGCCAAUCAAGUGGCCAGUGAUGUGUCGCUGACUGGGGGCUCGGCGGUGCAAAGGGUGCGGUUGCUUGAUGAAGUGGAGAGUCCAGGCUCAUCCAGUGGGAUGUUGGAGGAGGAUCUGAUCCAGUAUUACCAGUUCCUCGCAGAGAAGGGAGAUGUGCAGGCUCAGGUUGGUCUAGGUCAGCUGCACUUGCAUGGAGGACGCGGUGUGGAACAGAACCAUCAGAGGGCGUUUGACUACUUCACUCAAGCUGCUAAUGCAGGAAACACACACGCCAUGGCUUUCCUCGGGAAGAUGUACUCAGAGGGCAGUGACUCCAUUCCUCAGAACAAUGAGACGGCGCUGCAGUAUUUUAAAAAGGCCUCAGACCUGGGAAACCCAGUGGGACAGAGCGGGCUGGGGAUGGCCUAUCUCUACGGCAGAGGAGUCCCAGUGAACUAUGAGCUGGCUCUGAAGUACUUCCAGAAGGCAGCAGAGCAGGGCUGGGUGGACGGACAGCUGCAGCUUGGCACCAUGUACUACAAUGGCAUCGGAGUGAAGCGAGAUUAUAAACAGGCUCUGAAGUUCUUUAACCUGGCGUCUCAGGCUGGGCACAUCCUGGCGUUUUAUAACCUGGCACAGAUGCAUGCCACAGGAACCGGAGUCAUGCGCUCGUGUCACACCGCUGUGGAGCUGUUUAAGAACGUGUGUGAGCGUGGGCGCUGGUCGGAGCGUCUGAUGUCGGCCUACAGCAGUUUUAAAGAGGGACACACAGAUGCGGCUCUGGUGCAGUAUCUGCUACUCGCCGAACAGGGAUAUGAGGUCGCCCAGAGCAACGUUGCCUUCAUCCUCGACCAGAAAGGAGCAAAGAUCUUCAGUGAAAAUGAGACGUAUCCACGCGCAUUACUGCACUGGACCAGAGCUGCCGCACAAGGUUACACCGUAGCCCGGAUAAAGCUUGGGGACUAUCACUUUUACGGAUACGGCACAGAUGUGGACUAUGAGACGGCAGUGAUCCACUACAGACUGGCCUCAGAGCAGCAACACAGUGCCCAGGCCAUGUUCAACCUGGGAUACAUGCACGAGAAAGGACUGGGAAUUAAACAGGACAUCCACCUGGCAAAGCGUUUUUAUGACAUGGCGGCAGAGGCCAGUCCUGAUGCUCAGGUCCCCGUGUUUCUGGCUCUGUGUAAACUGGGGCUGGUCUACACUCUGCAGUAUCUACAGGACCUCAAUCUACAGGAGCUGGUCUCUCAGGUGGACUUGGACCAGCUCUUAGGACCUGAGUGGGACCUUUACCUCAUGACUGUGAUCGCUCUGCUGCUGGGAACUGUAAUUGCUUAUCGCCAACGGCAACACCAAAUCAUACUGCCCCCUGCACCUGCCCCCGCACCUGCUCCUGCACCUGCCAGAGCCGCCCCGGAGCAGAGGGACGCCGAGGGGCAGGCAGGAGGGGCAGAAUGAGACGCCCCCUCCUCCUCCACCACAACAACCGGACCCUCAGUGAGAAGCAGACACUGGCAAAGAAAUGUCUCCAUGAGUUAAUAUGACUUCAAAUCAUGACUAAAGGAAUUUGAACUAGUUUCGAUUUAUUUACUUUAGUUCCUAUAUUACUCACAGUUGACUGUUGUGAGCUUUAAGCCACGUUACAAUGUUGUUACCUCCUCAAAAAUAUACAUAGAGUUGUGUUUUGUUUCAUUCACACAUGUUUGUAACAUCCUUUAUUAUUAGUCUGUCUAUAUCUCCAAAGCUCAGAAUGCUCAGUUCUGUCUUGUGAUUCAUGAAGCACUAGGUUUUUUUUUUGUUCAGCAGAGAUUGUAUUCUAGGGCUGGAAUUAUCCAAAUGAGUGUAGUGAAGAUUUAUGGAGUUUAAAAACACAGUGGUGCACAUCAUGUAUUCCCACAUGACAUCAUAAUUUGGAGCAGAGAAGAAAGAAGAAUUCAGCCUAAAUAUGCAGGGUUUGUGUGUUAAACAUGUGUGAAUAACAAAAAAACACAAUUCCAGGUGUUUUUGCUGAGGAAACAACAUUAUAAUAAAAAUAUGAAAAUGACGUCUUUUAACUCAUGUAAGUAUCUUCUUAUGCAGUGCUCCGUGAUACUGAUAGGGGGCAGUGCAGGACAGACAAGAGAGACUGCUCUUCUUUAUUUUAAACAUCACUCUUUAGGCUCUUCCUGUUUGUUUUUUUUUCCUAUUUUUUCCUCUGGAAUGCCCCCUGCCGUUUAAGUGGAGCACUGUCACCAAUACACUCAAAAAGACUACUGAGUGCUCCCUCUCUGCAUUGAAAAUCACCAAAUGAAUCCAUGUUUUGGACUGUUCCUGUCCCAGAGAUGACCAGCAGGGGGAGAUAAAGACAAUAUAUUCAUGCACAAUUCAGUUCACCAUCACAGACUCUUAAAAAUGCUACUUAGUUCUGUUUUAAAUCGAAUUAAAGUCUGAAAAUGCAAUGACGUUUCAAGAGACAUUUUUGGACAGUUUUUUGGGGGGAUCUGCAGACUGCAUAGCAAAUGGGAAAUGGAUUCACAAUAUGAUUUCUUAUCAUUUUGAAAAAUCAUAAUUUGUUGUGUUGAAAUUUCAAAGAUUUCUGCAUGUUUUGAUCCAUCUUUUUCAUUUUAAUUCAGCCACAGACACUGUAAAAACAUUGUGCAUUGUCAUUUUGGAUUUUGAAAUUUUGGCUUCCUUUGUUUUUAGGUCAGUGAAAGUUUGCCAAGAAAACUAGUCCAGAUUAAAAUGGAAAUCUUUAACAUUGUUUACUUGAAAUGCUGGAAUUGAUGCUAAUGUAAAAUAAAUAAUUUAAUUUAUGAA